AUGGUAAGUAGAAGAGGGGGUGGGAAAUUAUCUGAUCUCAACAACUCAUUAUUCAUUCAUGGCUCCCAAUCCGUCGAUUUCUUCUUCUUCUUCUUCUUCGUUGAAUGUCAAGAACCAGACUCCUUCUUCCUCUCAAGAUAUUCUAAUCCGCGAAACUCUCCGUAUCAGUGCCGAAUUAGCCUCCACACCUCUCCUCCUCGAUACCACCACGCCUCCUCCUCUCCUCCUCUCCAAUCCACUUUGAAAUUCAUUUGUUGCGAGGAACUCGAUGGCCGUCGAUGGAAGUACGUCGCCGAGACCGAUUCAUCAGGCAAAUUCAAGAAUAAUUCAUUUCGCUCUCUCAGCUUGCAAACCCCUAAGCCCCCUAUUGAUGAAUUGAUGUCGUUCGUUAGAUCCUAUGUGGUUCCCGAAGGUUUCCCUGACAGUGUCACUCCUUCCUAUGUCCCCUACAUGACUUGGAGGGCUCUCAAGCACUUUUUUGGUGGAGCAAUGGGCGUUUUCACCACUCAUACACUUUUGAGUUCAGUUGGUGUCAAUAGAAAUACCGCUGCUCCAGGGGCUGUUGCAAUCAACUGGAUUCUCAAGGAUGGAGCUGGUCGUGUCGGAAAGAUGCUUUUUGCUCGCCAAGGAAAAAAAUUUGAUUAUGAUCUCAAACAGUUGCGGUUUGCCGGUGAUCUUCUAAUGGAGUUGGGUGCCGGGGUGGAACUGGCAACUGCUGCAAUGCCACAUCUAUUUCUUCCGUUGGCUUGCGCUGCUAAUGUACUCAAGAAUGUUGCUGCUGUAACAUCAACAUCAACUAGGACACCAAUUUACAAAGCCUUUGCUAAAGGAGAAAACAUUGGGGAUGUCACUGCUAAAGGAGAAUGUGUUGGCAAUAUUGCAGACCUGUUAGGUACUGGUUUGAGCAUAAUGAUUGCCAAAAGGAAUCCGUCUCUUGUCACCACCUUUUCCCUUCUUUCAUGUGGAUAUAUCCUUAGCUCUUAUAAAGAGGUAAAAUCUGUGGUUUUGCACACACUUAACUCUGCAAGAUUCAGUGUGGCAGUAGAGUCCUUCCUCAAGACAGGCCAAGUUCCCACUCUGCGAGAGGGCAAUUUGAACGAGGACAUAUUCAGUUUUCCAUGGAAAGAUAGGCCUGUUGUCCUUGGAUCAAGAAUCAAGGACGCAUUCCAAGACCCCAGUACAUAUGUUGCCAUAGAGCCCCUGUUUGAUAAGGAGAGGUAUAUUGUGACAUAUAAUCCUACAAAAUCGAAGGUCCAUGCUGUGCUCAAGGAUCAGGCGAAGUCAGACGACAUUCUAAAAGCAGCAUUCCAUGCUCAUGUGCUCUCGAGUUUUAUAAAAUCGAUGAAUGAAAGUAAGGUUUCAUCUUGGAAGCAAAGGGAGGAUCUUAAUUCAAAUGUAAUGCUCACAGUUACUGAUCUCGAGGCGUGUAUUGCUGAUUCUUGCAAAGUUGUCACGAAUGCUUACUGGCUUUUCAAGAAUAAAGCCCACGAACAGGGUUGGACAAUGUCAGAAUCACUUCUAAAUCCUGGGCGAGCUAGGCUGUGUCUAGUUGAUAAUAGAUGAUAUUAACAAACUUCAGAUGGCUCCUGUUGGAGUCGCAAUUUCCACUGUGUAAUGAGGAGUCGCAA